AGCAUGCCGACGGAGAACUUUGUGUGAGCUAAAGGGGCGCGCUGACAGUUUGGGCGCCGCAGGGAGAAAAGCCGGAGUUGCGGAGGCAACCAGUUUGCAAGAGUGGGGAGGGAUUUUGUACGAAAGAAACCACGCCGGUUGGUGUUCCGGAGCCGACCCGAGGGACUUUCCGGGCCCAAGACGUCGGCGCAGCAACGGCCCCCGCCUCCCAGGCUGCAGGCGAGAAACGUGGCCCCGCUCUUUGAACCGGGAGGUGGGGACGGCAGGGCAAGUGGUGUCGGGAUGAGCAGUGGACCAGGUCCAGAGGGUCCCCAAUCCUCGGGAGAGGGACUGCCUCCCAGAAGCAAGUACGAGAGUGGUUACUCUUUUGAAGGCGUCUCAAUAGGUUCCAUCUGUUGUUUUUCCCAAGACCUGCCAUUUAUUCCAUCCUUUUUAGUGAUGCUACAGGACAAGAGGGAAUGGAUAAAAACAUUGGCGAACAACUCAAUAAAGCAUAUGAAGCCUUCCGACAGGCAUGCAUGGAUAGAGAUUCUGCAGUAAAGGAACUACAGCAAAAGACUGAGAACUAUGAGCAGAGAAUACGUGAGCAACAGGAACAGCUGUCACUUCAACAAACUAUUAUUGACAAGCUAAAAUCACAGUUACUUCUUGUGAAUUCCAGUCGAGAUAACAGUUAUGACUGUGUUCCCCUGCUUGAAGAUGGUGAAACAAGAAAGGAUAAUUUGACCUUUGAUCAGCCACAUGAUAAAGUGAAAUCUGGAAUACCAAGAGAAAAACAGUCAAAGGGAAGAAGACAAGAGGUUUCUUCUCCUAGAAAAGAAACUUCACCAAGGAGUCUUGGCAUUCCUUUAUUCCAUGAAAGGGAUAAUAUAGAGAAGACUUUCUGGGAUCUCAAAGAAGAAUUUCAUAGAAUAUGCAUGCUAGCAAAAGUGCAAAAGGACCACUUAAGCAAACUUAACAUACCAGACACUGCAAGUGAAACACAGUGUUCUGUGCCUAUACAGUGUACAGAUAAAACAGAUAAACAAGAAGGGCUGUUUAAGCCUCAGGCUAAAGAUGAUAUAAAUAGAGGUGCACCAUGCAUCACAUCUGUCACACCAAGAGGACUGGGCCGAGAUGAGGAAGACACCUCUUUUGAAUCACUUUCUAAAUUCAAUGUCAAGUUCCCACCUACGGACAGUGACUCUACUUUCUUGCAUAGCACUCCAGAGAGACCCAACAUCUUUGGUCCUAUCACAUCUGAGGCAAUGUGCCAAGAUAAAUUUAAUAUGGAGCUCAGAGACAACACAGGAAACUUUCUUAAGACAGAAGAAACUUUAUUCGAAAUUCAGGGAAUUGAUCCCAUAGCUUCAGCUAUACAAAACCUUAAAACAACUGACAAAACAAAACCCUCAAAUCUUGUAAACACUUGUAUCAGGACAACUCUGGAUAGAGCUCCGUGCUUUCCUCCUGGAGACCAAAAUGCAUUAUAUAUAAAUACAUUCCCACUUCAGGACCCAUCUGACGCACCUUUUCCCUCACUGGAUUCCCCAGGAAAAGCUAUCCGAGGACCACAGCAGCCCCUUUGGAAGCCCUUUUCUAAUCAAGACAGUGACUUAAUGGUACUAAGUGGCUCAGACUCAGAACUGCAAAUACCCCGAGUAUGUGAAUUCUGUCAAGCAGUUUUCCCACCAUCCAUUACAUCCAGGGGGGAUUUCCUCCGGCAUCUUAAUUCACACUUUAAUGGGGAGACUUAAGGCACACUUGAAAACAGACACGUCAAGUUGUAUGAUGAUUUCAGGUUACUAAUACUAUAAAUACUUGAUUGUAAAUUAAAUUCAGGAUCAUUUAUAGAAAAAUCUAGUGUCACAGCUAUUUGAAUUUUUUUCUAAACAUAACUUUAUUUUUUAAAAGAUCAUCUUGUAUAAAACUAUAAUUCAUUGUAUUCGUUUACAGUGUUCUUACCAUAAUUCAAAGUGAUGUGGCUCACAGAGGUGUAUAAUCAUAAUUUAUGUUUGUAUCAGAUAUCUAAGCUUAUUGCUUGGAUUUCUAGUGAGAUCUAUUGAAUUUGAUGAUGUCUUGAGCCUAUAGAGGGUUUUGUUUUGUUUCCAUUUAAAAUUUUAGAUUAUUUAUGCUACAGGUAAUGUUCUUUUUAAAUAAAUCUGUAAGAGAAUAGCAGACAACACAAAAAUAUAAGUAAAUGCCAAAUUCAAGAAGUUUGAUGUCCAGUAAUAAUUAUUUAAAUACUUUAUAGUGUUUCUAAUAACAUGUGUUUUUAAUUUUUGCUCUGUGUAUAGCUACACAAUGAAAUGAACUAAAUAUUAAAAGAGUUACUUAUGUUGUGAUCA